UCGGGGCGGUCACACUGAUGCAUAGCCCAAAAACAAGCAACCGAUGCGAAAAGCAUAACAAUUCGAAAGUUUAAAAUUCGCCCAAGAUGAGCGCCUACCACAGGCGCGCGGCGCUGCGCAAGAAGAGCCCCAGCCAGGGAACCUCCUUCGCGUCGGAGAUGAACGAGUCCGGUUACACAUCCUUCCUGGCGCUGCACAAUUCCACCGCGGAGACGCCAUUUUUGUUGGACGACGCUGAGGGCGAAAACUGUCGCAAUGCAUCGAACACCACGACAUUCUUUCGGGGCCUGAACACGCCCAGUGGCCACCAGGAGCAGGACCUACACUGGGGCAAGCCAUAUACCAGUUCACAGAGGCAAAUCACCGCGGAGGCGGAGCAUUUCUCAUUAACUCCGCGUCUGCAGGAUGCGCAUAGUCUGCCCAAGCGGCGCAAGAAACACUUUCAAUCGCCCCACAGUAGCCCCAAGAAGUCCAAAAAGCUGCUCUUCCCCCACAUAGAACAACCGGCCAAAAAUCGUUUCUAUGGCGGAGUUGAAAGGCUGGACAUUGUCGCCAAACUGGCCCAAGAGCAACCAGCACUGGAGUGCAUACUGCGCAAUGUGGGCGCCCACACGCUGGACGUGAUGACCAAGGUGUCGGCGGCCUGGAAGCAGGCCGUUUAUCGCAGCCAGCGGGACUUGGAGCGACUGCAGAACCACCGACUCAAGUUGAGCCUUACCAAAGAGAAUCCUCACGUGCCCAAUCGGUGCAGCCAUGUGCCCAAGGCAAACCACACAGUGCCAUUGCAGACCUCGAAUCACAGCAGCCUAAACAACAGCGCCGCCUCGCUCAUGGACUCGGGCAACUCGAGCAUCCACCUGAUGGACGUCGAUGCCGGAAGGGUUCUGCGCGAGCAAACACAGCGCGUCAAGUGCCCACGAUGCGGACGCGGCAGUCGGGUUUUCGUAAGCGAGGCGGCCAAGGGUGUCGAAAACUUAUUGUCGCAGACCCUGCCGCAUAUUGGACGUACAACCAGCACAUUCCCCUGCAUGACGGCUCCGCCGCUCAAACGCUUCUUGUCCCUGGAUCUUGACGAGGUAAGGACAUCACCGCAGGGACCGGCUUACAACUUCGCCGAAUGCACCAGUGUCAUCUGCCAGUUCCGAUUCUGCGUCAACUGCCUGUGCAAGUCGCAUCCCGGCGAGCGGUGCCUGGUCACCGAGCUGGACACACCCUCCAAACUCAUGAUGCCCCGGGAGCGACUGACACCGCCACAACGUGCCCAGAAUCGUGAUCCCAAAAUCAGGAGGAAGAACUCGCUCAAGCGGCUAUGCUUUUAGCUUUAUCAUAGGCUUUUAAUCACGAUUAGUAUUCGAUUUUUUUCAAAUCUCAUAAAUACGUAUUAUGUUCAUCGCAUUAAGUUCCAUUUCAUCACGUACAUUCUCAUAUAUGUUUUUAAAUCGUUCACUGUAAGGUUUGUCGGAAAUCUGUACCUCUGCGAGAUUAAGUAUUUUUUACAUAUGCAAAAUAUAUAAAACUUUUUUAAAAU